UACAUAAAUCAUUUUGUGGUUAUGUGUUGAUAACGUUAGCUGUAGCGCCAGCCUGCAUUUCAACCUUCUUUUUUCUGUUAACUUGUAAUUAUUAUAGCGUUACUUUUUCUUGUCUUAGAAUUUUUAUCCAAAAACAUCCAAGAUGUUGAUGCCAAAAAAGAACCGCAGAGCUAUAUAUGAAUACUUAUUCAAAGAGGGUGUUAUGGUGGCCGAAAAGGACUUCCAUAAGCCCGUCCAUCCAGAUUUGGAAGGUAUCCCUAAUUUACAAGUCAUCAAAGCUAUGCAGAGUUUAAAAUCUAGAGAUUAUGUUAAGGAACAAUUUGCGUGGCGACAUUAUUAUUGGUAUUUGACCAAUGAAGGCAUACAAUAUCUAAGAGAUUACCUUCAUUUACCAACAGAGAUUGUUCCCGCUACAUUGAAGAGGCAAGCCAGACAAGAUCCUCGAGGCCCAAGAGCUGUACCAGGAGCUAGACCUGAGGGUGGUAGGUCUGGUGAAGAUAGAGCUACUUACAGACGUGCACCAGGUGCUCCUGGUACUGAUAAAAAAGCAGAAGUUGGAGCUGGUACUGCUGAAUUGGACUUUAGAGGACCAGGCGCAUUUGGUGGAUUUGGUCGUGGUCGGGCUCCACCUCAAUAAAUGUAAUUAUUUUUAAUAUUUACAAACAAAAAAAGAAUAAAAAUUUAUAUGUGAAUAUAAA